UAUAACCUAUCCCGUAACAGUUGAAAGUUGAAAGUGCAAAAGCAUCCUCUGCUUCUCUCUCACAGCCACUUCCAUAACUCAAUGCAACUAAUUAACUCUUCAAUCUCCAACAACCUAUAAAAACCCUCUCAUUUCUUCCAUGAAUUCAUCUUCUUUAGCUUCCUUCACUCUCACACCACCACAAUGCAAUUUCCGCCUCUCUUUUCAAACCAAACCUAAACCCAAUUUCCACUACCCCCGACUCACCAGCACUUCCAUUUCCCUCAAACCUAAAUCCAAUUUUACCAUUUUUCUUCAAUCCACCGACUCAAACUCCCCAGUUUCAUUCCCUGAUGAAAACGCAUCUUAUGUUCCCGUUGAAGAAAUCAUCGACAAGGAUUGGUCGGUGCUCGAGUAUACUGGACCAAACAUUGACCGAAUUAUAUCCGCCGGAAAACUUGAUGAGAAUUCAAGGGUUUUGAUUUCAACUGGUUCUGAAGAGUUUGUUGAUUGUUUGGUUGGUUCUUCUAAAUUCAAAUCUUUGCUUGUUUUGCAUGACUCUCUUUUGAUAUUGGCUCUUAUUAUUGAGAAAUAUGAUAAUAUUAAGUGUUGGCAAGGUGAGGUUACUAUUGUUCCUCAUAAAUGGGCUCCUUUUGAUGCUGUCUUUCUUUAUUUUUUGCCUGCUUUGCCGUUUAAACUUGAAGAUGUUCUUGGUUCUUUGGCUCCAAAAUCUUCACCUGGUGGAAGGGUGAUUAUCAGUCAUCCCCAAGGGAGAGAAAUACUGAAACAACAACGACAACAGUACCCGGAAGUAGUAGUUUCUGACCUUCCCGACAAAACAACUUUACAAAGUGUUGCAGCUGCUUAUUCCUUUGACGUGGCUGAAUUUAUGGAUGAACCUGACUUUUAUUUAGCUGUUUUGAUCAGAUCUAGAACCUAAAAACUAGUGUAGAUUCUUCUGAACAUGCAAUUUGAUUGAACUUUCAUAUGGUUUUAUGCUUUAUGAUUGGACUUUCAUAUGAGAUUGUAUACUUUUUGAUAAAAUAUUUUGCCUUCCAUCUAUCAUGUAAUGUAACUUCGAUGAUUGCACAAGUUCAUACCAGUAUUUUGGUUUUGGCACCUAUUGCAUAUUA